AUGGCCAACGAGCAGGUGCCAGAGUCGAUGGCCGACAAGGUUUGUCACAUCUUCAAACUUCCAGUCGAGAUCGGUCAAGGAGUAGUCGCUGGUGAGAUCGCGAACUUUAAGGUCCGAAUCUCCAAUGUCGACCUCGCAGACGCCUCGGGCAAUGCGGUAACCCAGACCGUCGUCACGCUACUGAACAAAGCGGAGCUGCAGCCUUUGUUGAAUACUAAGCUCGUCAGCAAGGAGAUUCGCAACCAUGUGGAGGGACGAAUCGCAGCAGACGUCAGUGCCGGCCAGAUCGCCAUCCAGCUCAACAUCACAGACCGCCCACUGAACGAGGAACCGGACGCCGAGGAGCAAGAGGAGAUUGACCAUGAAGGUGUAGAGCAGAAGGUCCCAGACGGCUUCAUCGACGAGGGAAAGUUCGCCAGUGGCAGGACCUUCAAGCAUUGCCUUGCGUACGUCCCCAUCGGCCUUGUGGAUAUCACUGCUCACGAGUCGGACAUCGCGGGUGGCUGGAAGGGUCGAGACGUCGUUGAGCACGAGGCGUAUUUGGACGACGAUCCAGAGAGCAUCAUGAUGGCAAAGGUCAUCAUCAAGCGUGACGGUGCCGGCGACUGGGUAGUCAAGGUCCUCUGGGCCGAGGUCAAGACUCUCUGGCCCAUGCACGAAGACAAGAACAUCCAGACUCGUGAUCUUCCGAAUGGAGAGAUCCAGCAGUACGAUCCUACAGUGGAGGUUUUCGACGCUCUGGUCGUCGAGAUGCAAGCAGGCGUUGAGGACUACAUCCAGAGGAGCUUGUCGAACAUUCUGCCAAGGAACGCUGCGCUAUCGCUUGAGAACCUGUGCAGCUUUCAGCAGCUGGUGGUUGGUACUGCAGACGGAGUUGCCAGUGCUUCGAGCGAAUGGACCACCCGCUCCUUCCACGACAUCCGGCACAGAUUUGUCGUCGAUCAACAGCUCCACCAUCUUGACCUUGGUGAGAUCGAUGUUGAGGAGCUACCAUACGAGCCAAGACCGAAGACCAAAGCUGAGAGCCAGCAAGAGGUGGAAUCUGACCGUUGA